GAACUAAACACAGCCUUAGCGCCAAAAUCCGGGCAAACCUUGGCAUAGUCAAAAUUUUGAUAGGUGCAAUUUGUUGUUUUCAAAUUUCGUCGAGAUCACAAAAUUUGGUACCUCCCGAACAUCGAACUCGCAACGAAUCAACGAGUCGAGCUCAUUCUAGUGCAGAUGAAACUAUAGAUAACUGGAUAUACCGUCUGUUCCAUUCCAAAAUGCUCAAAUGAGAAACUCAGCAACGCCCGGCGCCGUCGGCGAGUUGGCCGAGCUGGUCUUGCCGUGGCUGCCGCCGCAAGACCUCGCCGCUGCGGCCUCCGCCAGCCGCGCCCUGCGUGCGGCCGCUUCCAGCGUCAGCGCCGGCCGCGCCGCCGACGCGGCGCACGGGCUGGAGCCUCACCCCAUCCCCUUCGACAACCUCGUCGACGGCAAGCCCUACGCCUACUUCCUCUACACCCCCUUCUCCCUCACCCCGUCCUCCGCCUCCGCCUCACCCCGCCGCGCCCAGCCGUGGGGGCGCACGUGGGCACGACCGCCAGGCCCCACAUGGCCUCGCUCCGACCUAGGCGGGUUCCCCUCGUCCGGGUGCGCGUGCGCUCAGGGGGCGUGCGGCGGCGCGCGGGGGUGCCCGUGCGCUGACCCGGAGGCUGAGGCGGUCGGCUUGGGGUCGGAGGCGGGGAUGGGGAGCCUCAGGGAGUGCGGCGACGGGUGCGCGUGCGGGCCCUCGUGCGGGAACCGGCGGACCCAGCUCGGCGUCACGGUGCGGCUGCGCGUCGUGCGCCACCGGGAGAAAGGGUGGGGGCUGCACGCCGCCGAGGUCCUUCGCCGCGGGCAGUUCGUUUGCGAGUAUGCUGGUGAGCUUUUGACAACUGAAGAAGCAAGGAGGCGGCAGGGGCUAUAUGAUGAGCUUGCCUCUGUCGGUAAGCUCUCUCCUGCACUCAUUGUCAUACGGGAGCAUCUACCUUCUGGAAAAGCAUGCCUAAGAGUUAACAUUGAUGCAACGAAAGUGGGGAAUGUGGCUCGUUUUAUCAAUCAUUCGUGUGAUGGAGGCAACCUGCAUCCUGUCUUAGUUAGGAGCUCAGGCUCAUUGCUCCCAAGACUCUGCUUUUUUGCUGCUAGAGAUAUCAUCGAAGGAGAAGAGCUCACCUUCAGUUAUGGUGAUGCUAGACUUAGGCCGAAUGGCUUGCCGUGCUUUUGCGGUAGCUUGUGCUGUUCCGGCCUACUUCCUUCGGAAGAGACAUAAUGCCAUCAUUUGUAAUUGAGAAUUUCCUGAUGUGGUGCUGCCAGAAUAAUAUUGGCAUGGCAUCAGGACGAGUAGACGGUACCUCAGUACCUGAUGAGUGAUGACUAGUGCUUUCACAAAUUCAGUGUACACUAUGCAUGCUGCCUUGGCCGUUUUCAUGACCCAUUCUGUAACUUUUAUCUGACACUCUGAGAAAACGACUUGCAAGCUAUGCAUUCUUUGCU